AUGGGCAGUAAUAACUCCAGACAAACUACUCUCAGCAAAGAACAGCAAAAGGCUAACAGUUUGAGCACAGGUCUAAGAGACUUCAAGCCAAUUAAUGAACGGUGUGGCCUCUCUGCUGAAAUCAGAGAGCCCACAAGCAGGGCUUCAGGAGUUUGCAGCAGUAAUGAGACCACUGAGGCUGUUUUCUGUAAGUUUGUGAUUCUGCGCGCUGACAAUGAUGCAGAUGAAUCCAUCCAGAUCCAGAACCUGCUGCAGAAUAAAUUUUGUGUUAAACCUGGCAUAAUCUUCGCACUGAUACCUUGUAGUGAACAUGUCUUGGAAAACUUAAGUGAUGCUGUGCAUGUCUCAGCAUGGACUAUUAUGCUACUGACAAAUUUUCUGAAUGGAUCUUGGUAUGUGUUUCAGUCUUACACCUCCUUUGUCAAUGCUCUUAACAGCAUAAAUUACAACUCUGUGAUACCUGUGAGGCCACUGAAUAACCCAUUACCCAGGAGAAGACUCUUUUUUGCUUUGCAGGCUGUUAACACACUGUAAGAGGAUAGUCCUGGCUUUGCAAAACAAGUGGAGAAAAUUUUCCAGGAGUCUAGAUACAGGCAACAGUGA